AUGUAUUUAAAAGCAAUUUUGAAGUUGGUGGAGCACAUGGAUGCCUGUGUGGAUAAUCAUCAUGAUUUGCUUGAGAACGUCAAAUCCUCUGAAGAUGAUUAUAGAAAUGCAACAGUACGGAAUAGAACUUUCUUUCCUGACCAGCAGGAAAAGCCUUGCAUUGAUCACCGGGGUCAACUUAAUGUUUUGUCAGCAGCCUAUGAGAGCAUGGAUUAUGAAACUUGUGUUAAUUCAACGUGGCUUGACGAAGAGCGUACUAAUGGAUAUUCAUAUGUGAUGAAGAAGAACAUUGCCCGUUGGCUGGUGGUGUUGAUGAUUGCUGCUCUUACUGCUUUAGUAGCUUGCGCUAUGGAGAUUUCUAUCGAGACGCUAUCAAAUUUGAAAUUUUCAUGGCUUAAAGAAUAUCUUGAUUACGACAAGAACUCAAGUUUGGUCAUUCCAUUUUUACUGUGCGUCACUUUGAGUGUUGGACCAACCUUGGUCGCUGCCUUUCUUGGAUCAUAUGUGGAGCCUCUGUCAGCAGGCAGUGGUAUUCCUCAGGUGAAGUGCUACCUGAAUGGUGUGAACGUUCCACGAAUUGUUAGAUUGAAGACCCUGCUGUGCAAAGUCCUUGGACUCAUUAUGUCUGUUCUCGGUGGUCUUGCUAUUGGCAAGGAAGGACCCAUUAUUCACUUUGGAGCUAUAAUAGCAGCAGGUGUAUCUCAAGGGAAGACGUCUUCAUUCAAUUAUGAUUUUGGGAUUUUUGAAUACUUUCGAGAAGACCACGAAAAGCGAGAUUUUGUAUCUGCCGGUGCAGCUGCUGGUGUUUCUGCCGCUUUUGGUGCUCCAGUCGGUGGAGUGUUGUUCUCCCUGGAGGAGGCAGCCAGCUACUGGAACCAGGCUCUCACAUGGAGGGUGUUCUUUGGUGCCAUGAUGUCUUCAUUCACUGUAAACUUAAUCCUUUCAACCUACAACGGAGUUCCAGGUACACUUACUUUCAAUGGACUCCUAGAUUUCGGCAAGUUUGUGUCUCUGACUUACGAAAUAUGGGAAUUUGUGCCUUUUCUACUAAUGGGAGUUGCUGGAGGCCUACUGGGAGCCGUGUUCAACCUUAUGAAUCAAAAGCUCACUUCCUUCAGGAUGAAAUACAUUUAUAAACCAUGGCAGAAAAUAUUAGAAGCAACAGUGAUCGCCUUUGUUACAGCAGUCGUCUCUUUCCUCACACUAUAUUUAAUUCAAGAUUGUCAUAUAAUUAAAGAAAAUACCGCCGUACACCCUAUUCAGAUGUUUUGUAGUGAUGGGGAGGAAAAUGCAGCUAAUAUAUGGUAUCAGUCUCCCGAAAAAAGUGUGCGAUCAUUGUUUCAUGAUCCUCCAGACGCUUUUGAGUGGCCAACCAUAACUGUGUUCUUUGUGACUUACUACUUCUUGGCAUGCUGGUCGUAUGGCAUGGGAGUCCCUUCUGGACUUUUUAUCCCAAUGUUGCUGUGUGGAGCAGCUGGGGGCCGGCUGGUGGGGAAACUGAUGACGUUCCUCUUCCCUAAUCAGCCUUGGGUACACGAAGGAAAAUACGCACUGGUUGGUGCCGCAGCUUUGCUUGGGGGCGUUGUGCGCAUGACUAUAAGUUUGACAGCUUGCUUAUUGGAGUGCGUUGGCAAUAUAACAUUUGGCUUACCUAUAAUGACUGUCCUCAUGGUAGCUAAAUGGGUGGGAGAUUUCUUCAAUGAGGGUCUGUAUGAAAUCCAUAUUCAAAUGCUAGGUUUACCUAUGAUGGCUUGGGAUGCACCAGCUCUUUCAAACAAUGUAUACGCUUCAGAAGUAAUGAGCAGACCUGUUGCCACCAUAAGAUCUGUUGAGAGUGUUAAACGGAUUGUGAAUCUUCUCAAACAAUAUAAUUACAACGGCUUUCCAAUUGUAGAUGGUUCUCCAACUGCAUAUGAUUCACAAUAUAUCUUGCCAUGUGGUACAUUGAGGGGCCUCAUCUUACGUUCUCAGCUCCUUGUUCUUUUAAAAUACAAGAUUUUUAAUGAAAAUAAUGAGGUGUGGCAGAAUAGCAAAGUAAACAUACGUCUCUUUCGCCUGUCCUAUCCACGGUACUUCACUCUUGAGGAAGUUGAUUUGAAUCCUGAGGAUAUGAACUGCACAGUGGACAUUAGACCAUUUUAUAAUCCCUCCCCAUACUCAGUAAUUGCCUGCACUUCCCUACCAAGAAUGUUCAAUCUUUUUAGGGCUCUUGGUUUAAGACAUCUUGUUGUGGUUGAUGACAACAAUAUAGUUGUUGGUAUGGUGACUCGUAAAGAUUUGGUCAAAUACAGAAUUUGGAAACACAGAGGGCAGAUGGGUUUAGAAGAGCUUGUCAUUUAUAAUAAUUUGUCUUGAGGAUAAUAUUUAUUUCAAUUAUCUGUUAGUUAAUUGUGUGAAUUUUUUCAUU